CCCCAGGUAACCGAUAAGAUGGCGGCCGGGGAAGCGACUGGGCACAGCUACCUGGUGGCUUGCUGGCAGCCCAUUCUGAUCCUGAUGCUGGGCACUGUGCUGUCUGGCUCAACUACAGGCUGCCCAUCCCGCUGCGAGUGCAACGUUCAAGAGCGCUCUGUGAUGUGCCACCGCAAAAAGCUCAUGACAGUUCCUGAGGGGAUUCCCGCAGAAACACAACUGCUGGACCUCAGCAAGAACCGCAUUAGAACCAUCAACCCAGACGAGUUUGCCAACUUCCCCAACCUCGAGCACCUGGAGCUCAGUGAGAACACAAUCUCCACUAUCGAACCCGGUGCAUUCAACAACCUUUACGGCUUGCGGACAUUGGGGCUUCGUAGCAACAAGCUUAAGCUGAUCCAGCUUGGUGUUUUCACAGGUCUGAGCAAUCUCACACAGCUGGACAUAAGUGAGAACAAGAUUGUCAUCCUGUUGGACUACAUGUUCCAGGAUUUGUACAACCUCCGUUCUUUAGAGGUGGGUGAUAACGACCUGGUUUUCAUCUCCCACCGGGCUUUUCAUGGCCUAAGUAGCCUUGAGCACCUGAGUCUUGAGAAGUGUAACCUGUCCUCUGUGCCAACAGAGGCUUUUACUCACCUCCACAGUUUGAUUACUCUCAGGCUGCGUCACCUCAAUAUCAAUGUCAUACGGGAUUACUCCUUUAAACGUCUCUAUCGGCUGAAGGUGCUGGAAAUUGCCAAUUGGCCAUAUUUGGAUACGAUGACCCCAAAUUGCUUGUAUGGAUUAAAUCUCACUUCCCUGACCAUUGCAAAUGCUAACUUGACCACAAUUCCUUAUGUGGCCUUGCGGCACUUGGUCUAUUUGCGCUUUCUCAACCUGUCCUAUAACCCCAUUCACACCAUUGAGGGGAAUAAGCUUCAUGACCUACUUCGUCUUCAGGAAUUUCACCUGGUAGGAGGAAGACUGGCAAUGAUUGAGCCCUACUCUUUCCGCGGUCUUAACUACCUGAAGAUUCUAAAUGUGUCUGGGAACUCUCUUAGCACUUUAGAGGAGUCUGCUUUCCAUUCAGUUGGCAACCUGGAAACCCUAGCCUUGAAUGAUAAUCCCCUGGCCUGUGACUGCCGACUGUUAUGGGUUUUCCGACGACGCUGGAGACUGAACUUCAACAAGCAGCAGCCCACCUGUGCCUCCCCUGAGUUUGUUCAAGGCAAAGAAUUUAAAGACUUCCCAGAUGCUCUGAAAAAUAAUUAUUUCACGUGCCGCAAGUCCAGGAUAAGGGAUCGCAAACCGCAGCAGAAAUUUGUUGACGAGGGAGCCAUUGUUCAUUUUGCUUGCCAGGCAGAUGGAGAUCCUGCUCCAGUGAUAAUGUGGCUCUCCCCACAGAAAAAGUUUAUCACCACCAAAACAAUCGGGAGGCUCUCCGUGUUGCCAGACGGUACUCUUGAGGUGCGCUAUGCCCAGAUUCAAGACAAUGGUACAUAUGUGUGUAUAGCUAGCAAUGCAGGCGGAAAUGAUACCUCUCUUGCUCACCUGCAUAUUCAUAGCUACUCCCCUGACUGGCCACACCAGCCCAACAAGACUUUUGCCUUCAUCUCCAACCAGCCUACAGAAACUGGUGCUAAUGGUACAAGAGCCAAUGUCCCUUUUCCCUUUGAUAUAAAGACGCUGAUCAUUGCGACCACAAUGGGUUUCAUCUCUUUUCUCGGUGUCGUCUUGUUUUGCUUGGUGCUACUCUUCCUUUGGAGCAGAGGAAAAGGCAACACUAAGCACAAUAUUGAAAUUGAGUAUGUGCCACGGAAAUCGGACGCUGGCAUGAGCAGCAGCACAGUGGAUGCUCCUCGCAAGUUCAACAUGAAGAUGAUUUAA